GUUCAGCCCCCAACACGAUGUCGAAAGAUGAAGCGGCCGAGUCGACUUCCGCUCCACCAGCCGUUCCAUCCUUGAGCAUCACGAUCCCGAACUCGUCCACACCCUUUCCUCCCCAAGCGACCCAACAAACGACGUCAGGCCAAGGCCCGUUCCAUGCGUCGUUGCCCGUCCUGAACCCGCCGCUGUACUUUGGCAUCGUCGAAAGCGAAGUGUUUCGAUGCAACAAGUUUGACAGCUCGUCGUUUUCGUUCGUGUCGCAGCUCGGGUUGAACACGGUCGUGUACCUGUCGACCGACGACUUGGGGCGGGAAUUGACCGACUUUUUCAAAGAACGCGACGUGAUGGUAGUACAUCUCGGGUCCAAGUACCGAACCUCCAAGGGCAUCACGGAAGGCAUGACCAAGGAAGCGAUCGAGUGCAUCUUGGACCAGCGGCGGUAUCCCAUCAUGGUCAUGUGCAAGACUGGCAUCCACAUCUCGGGCUCCGUCAUUGGGUGUCUCCGGCGUCUCCAGAAUUGGAGCCUCACCGCCACCAUCGACAAGUACCGCAACUUGGCAGGUACGACGAAAACCAAGUUUGAAAACGAGCAGUUCAUCGAGUUCUUCGACGUGGACUUGGUCACGUUGCCGCCGCAUUUGCCCGACUGGUUCGUGCUCAACCAGCGGCUCAUGGACGACGAGCGCGCGGCGAUGGGGCACCACGAGUGCUUCCCUGGCGUCCGCGCGUCGCCCUCGUCGGACGAGUAUGCGUCGCUACCGGCGUACCAGCGCUACUACUUCAACGCACAAGGCCCGCUAACGUCGCCAUCCGUGUCGUUUUCCGAGAAAUUGAGCUUGAUUGGCGACGACGAUGGAGAUUAACAACAUAUAUUUUAUCCCUCAAGUCAAAUCAUCGUG